AUGGGCGAUCCCACUGCAAAGGGCGAAGACUUCGAGAAAAAAGCCGAGAAGAAGCUCAGCGGCUGGGGCUUUUUCGGCUCCAAGUAUGAAGACGCCUCCGAUUUGUUCGAAAAAGCUGCCAAUUCCUAUAAGCUUGCCAAAUCAUGUAACUUUCAUCAUCUACUCAUUGGCUUCUUUUAUCCUGGUCUAUGCUCGGCAUUAUUCAUUGGGGGGAUCGGGCCCGGAGCAGCGUAUGUUAAGCUGGCUAACUGCCACUUGAAGUUGAAUAGCAAGCAUGAAGCUGCUACUUCAUAUGCUGAUGCUGCCCAUAGCUACAAAAAGUCCAAUAUAAGAGAGUCGAUAUCAUGUCUCGAGCAAUCUGUAAAUUUGUUUCUUGAUAUGGGAAGGCUUAAUAUGUGUGCCAGAUAUUACAAGGAAAUAGCUGAACUGUAUGAGCAGGAACAGAACUUCGAGCAGGCUAUUGUUUAUUAUGAAAGAGCUGCCGAUCUCUUCCAAAGUGAAGACGUAACAACAUCAGCCAAUCAAUGCAAGCAGAAAGUUUCUCAAUUCGCUGCUCAAUUGGAACAAUACCAAAAGGCUAUUGAUAUUUUUGAAGACAUAGCACGACAGAGUCUCAACAAUAACUUGCUGAAAUAUGGAGUCAAAGGGCACCUCCUCAAUGCUGGUAUUUGCCAGCUUUGCAAAGGUGAUGUUGUUGCGAUAAACAAUGCAUUGGAGAGAUACCAGGUGCAUCUUGUUUUUUGUACACAUUUACAACACUCUUUCUGUUUGGAUGCGUGGGAUAACCAUAUUUUCUGGGUUUGUAAAUUGGAUCCUACAUUUUCUGGAACACAGUACAAAUUGCUUGCG